AUGGAGUUAGAUGUUAAAUUUGAAGAAAUUGAAGAACUUAUUGAGAUUUUACCUGAUAUUGGUACACCUUUUUUAGAUGAUAUUGAUCAUUAUAUAAAAGAAUUGGAAGAACUACCGGUUGAAGAAUUUCUAGAUGAUAAACAAAUUAUCGAAUAUGUUACUAAAGAUUCUAGUGAGGAAGUUAUUAGUGAUAGCGAACCUGAACUGGAAAUAAUUAGCAUAAAAGAAGCGGCACAAGGUUUGAAAACCUUUAUUACUUUUUUUACCCAGCAAUCUGAUCAUUCAGGUUUUUGUUCUGAAGAUUUAAAAAUUUUCAACAAAUAUUCAAAAUUAAUGAACGUCAAAUUAUUUGAAAGUAAAAAACAAACUUCUAUUGACUCUUUUUUCAAUUAA